CUUCUCCAGCCAUCUAAAAAUGACCCUCAUCAGGACAUCCCGUCUGGCCCUUUCUCGAGGAAGCAGAGCGACCUUCGUCAGCCGCUCUUUACAAACCUCGUCCUCCGUCCACCCCCUCUACCCUGACUUGCCUGUCUACAGCUAUUCUAUCGGUCUGUCUUACGCCGCCAAAUAUUCGCCUCCAUUCAUCAACCCCAAGCAAGACAUCAAGCCAUACGGUUUUGCAAAACAGAGCAAUGAUGUUGGCAAAUGGGUGCAGCAGAUGCUCGAGUUGACUGCUGGACGGGGUGAUUUGAAGGCGAGUGAGGAGGAUUUGGCUGAGGCUAGGAGAAGGUGGGGUGCCGGAGAAGAUUUCUUCGGAAUAACUAAUGCCAGAGGUGAUCUGCACAUCGCAGUCUCAGACGGUGUCGGCGGCUGGUCCGACCGAGUUGACGCUUCUUUGUUUCCUCAAUUAUUAUGCUACCAUUAUGCUAAAGCAGCUCAAGAACUAGCAAACUCUUCAACAGGAUCAGUAGACCCAAGGUCUAUAAUGAAGAAGGCAUAUGAAGAUGCUUUGAAGGAUAAGAAUGUGAGCGCUGGCGGCGCAACAAUGGUUAGUGCAAGGCUGGACGAAGAUGGUCAGGGAAUCUUUGCCAACCUUGGUGACUCUGGAUACUUUAUCCUGCGAGGCGACGAGAUACUAGAGUUCUCCCAGGCCCAAACUCAUUUCUUCAACUGCCCCACGCAAUUGUCGAAAGUGCCCCCAGAGAUGAAGCAUCAAGGAAUCGUACACGAUACCCCGGACAUGGCAGACACCAAAUCCUUCGAACUCCAAGCGGGCGACGUGAUUGCUCUCUUCACCGAUGGUUUCUCAGAUAACGUGCCCCCCUCCCACAUUCCUGGCCUGUCCAAGCUUCUCAACCGUAUUCUCGAAGACCCAACGAACAAGGACCUGUCCCCCGCCGAACGAGACUCUGAGCGAGCGAGGCUGUUUGCGGAUAUGUUGGUAGGGUAUGGAAGAACAGCGAUGACUAAGACUGGGGAGGAAAAAGGACCGAAUGGCUGGAAGACACCGUUUGAAGAGGAGGCGACGAAGAAGGUGCCCAAGUGGGGCUGGAAGGGAGGCAAGAUUGAUGACAUAACUGUCGUGACUGCUGUAGUGUCAGAGCUCGAUUAGCUCAGUUAUAGAUGAUGGUUCUCGCGCAUAACCACUCCUGCACGAAAUCAUAACGCGAGGCAUUGGCUGAUGGACAACUUUUAUUGGAAAGAAACUAUCUUCAUAUUUUAUCUAAAAACCGUAUCAAACCAAAAAUAGUACAUCUGCGCUUACCAUCGCUAUUAUGCGGGUGAUGACAACCACAACCGUCGGCAAGACAGCACGCCAAAACGCUCCCUGGGCAAACUUUUCCCAAUCGUUUUAAAACUCGUGCCUUCAUCGGUUGUUCGGAAAGAAUAGCGCAACUGCAGUAUGAGAUUACAGAUACGAUGCUGUGGGAGCUUUAGAAGAUUGAUAUCACGUCAUCACCGAGGAGGCGUCCUAGGUUUCUCUUCAGCUCAGCUGCUAAUUAUUGUCCUUGGGCUGAUUUCGUUUGGUUCAAAGCGCACCAUCAGCCGUCUGUAUCUUCCCUUUUCAUCACACUCGCCUCUCUUUGAACCGUUUUGCUGUCGAUUUCAUGGACCAUAUUAUCUCUAUUGUUCAUCUUCUCUAUUAA